AAGUGAACAUGUGUUUAUAUUAUUUAUCUUAAUGAGGAAAACAUAGCUUUGAAGUUGACUUUGUAUAAACAAGUGCCCCACUGUAGUUUGUGUAAACAGUGGCCAGGGGCUUCAGUAAGGUGUUACAAACUGAGUAAUUAGUGCCUGAUAGCCCAUCCAUGGUGUAUAAUUACACUUAACACCAGCUGGGUCAGAACUGGACAGGUGACACAUUAUCAACACACAACUUAUCCUCAGACUGUUAUCCAGGUAUCUGGAAAUACCCUUAGAGAAAAUAGCUGGUGUUUGUCACCUCUAACUACUUGUCUUUGUAUAUCUUGCUGGUUCUGCCAUGGCCAGGUUGAAUCUUACUCCAAUUAUGUUGCCUGAAAUCAAGGACGAGAAAAGCUGUAGAAGACAUUCUGUCAUUGGUCUUGCCAAUUUUGAGCUCCCUAGUCUGAGAAAACGAAAGAGGAAGUUAGAUGAAGACUCCUUAAGUAUACAGAGCUUUGAUGUGGAACACAAGAAGAAGAGUAGAAGAUCCUUAUUGAGAGUAUCAUCACUGGCUAACCUCCUGUCUCCAUCCAAGGGAAGCAAUAAAACAGGUUCAGAUGGCUUCCAGCGAUCCAUCAGUUUCAAAGUACCGUCCUCCCCUGCCUCAUCAAAGCAAAGUCUGACACCUUACAAAGCCCCUUCACCAUCCCCAGCCAAGAAACGCCUCAGUCGGACAUGGAGCGACAUGAUGACCACCUCAGGCAACAUGCCCAAGGAGCUCAGUCACAGGGACAUCAAGAAACAAGAGGCCAUAUAUGAACUGUACCAGGGAGAGAAGGACCUCGCAGAAGAUCUGAUCAACGUCAAAAAGACCUAUCGUGACUCUAUGAAGAAACUACAGCUUUUGUCAGAGGGAGAGCUCCAGCAGAUAUUUGGUCCCAUUGACUCGUUGAUACCUGUGCAUGAAGACCUUGCAAUGAAGCUGCAGAUGAACCGCUGCCCUGACGGGACCACAGACAGAGUUGGAGAGAUCUUGGUUGAUUGGGUACCCUCCCUGAAGGAGUAUGUGACAUUCUGUAGUAACCAGGUGUUUGGGAAAGCCCUGUUGGAUGAGAAGCGCACCAAUCCUGCUGUAGACGACUUCCUCCAGAGAUGUCAGAACUCACCCUUCAGUCGUAAACUUGACCUCUGGACCCUGCUUGAUGGUGCUAGGAGCAAGUUCAUUAAGUAUCCCCUACUCAUCAAGAGCAUUAGGAAAUAUACGCAGUCAGAAGAUGAAGAUACCCACUACCUCAAUGAAGCAAUCAAGCUAUCGGAACGAGUGAUUGCAGAGGCUGACCAAAUGGCUGGGGAGGCUAAGUGUCGCUACUUCAGGUGUCGCAUCUCCUUCCUGUAUGAUGAUGAGAAAUGUGAAGCCCUGGAGCAGUCUUCUAUGCUGGUGUGUAACGGAAUCUUGAAAAACAACAAGAACAGUAAGCUGCAUAUUUUCCUGUUCGACAAAGUGCUGGUGGUGACACGGACAGUAAAUCAAGGUGGUCACCAGUGCUUCCAGGUGUACAGACAACCCAUCCCUAUUGAAGAGCUCAUUCUCACCGACCUUAAGGAUGGUGAGGUCAAGAUGGGUUCAUUCCGAAAAACCUUUGGUUCAGGACAGACAACAAAGAAUGUGUUCCGAUUGUCCUUCCAAGACUCCAACAAGGGCCAGUCACACACUUUGACUGCUACAGACGAGCAUGACAAGCGACAGUGGCUCCAGUCCAUUCAGAAGACUCUAAAUGGUGUGAGACGUGAGGAAGGGGAUGCACAGGACUCAACGACAUCAAAGACAUCAAAGACUUCAACGACUUCAACGACUUCGGCAACAACGACGACGACGACGGAGUAGUUAGAUAUACAGCACUAGCAUCUCAUCCGAAUCUGUGUGAAAUUCUUGGUUGCCAUCUCCAAACUAGUGCUACUCAUUCUCACUAUGUAUUUGAACAGAAACUCUGUUAAAAACAUUUGACGCAGAAAUUGUAUCCCUGAUUGUGAUACCUGCUAAACAUGUAAAGGAACUCAAUGUGAGUGAGGUCAUCUCCCUAACAACUUCUGUGUUCCCUCCAGAAGUCUGUAGGAUCAUUAAGAGACCUCGUUGUUUGUGAUAUUAGUGUUUGUUGAAGAGGAGUUAUAUAUUGAAUUGUAAUUGUUAAUGCUACACCCCAUUUAUUUGCUUGUUCCCAGCAGGACUUGUUAUAUUUGUGUGUAUGGUUUCUGCCACUGUUGAAGUGAUAAUGAGUGGAGUGUAAGGAUCAGUGCUAGUGGUACACUGUGUGUGGUUUUAUUGGUUCUAUGUUAUACCCUGUCCGCGGGCAGUCUGAACUUCCUCACUUUUUUCUGUAUAACUCCUUAUCAAAUCAAAAAUUUAACUCGCAGAUGCAAAUAACUUUUAAAAUUCUAAAAUGCUGAUCAUGUGUUGUGAAGUAAGUAUCUCAAAUAUUUGCCAUUGAAUAAUGGUUUGGUGGGUAUUGUAUUAUUUGAGUGUAUCAAAAGAAAGUUUUGCUAUUUUGUUUUCAAUUUUUCACCAUUAAGUCUCACAAUAAAAGGAACAAGUCAUUUGAAAGGACCAAUUGAUGGAAAGGGAAGGAAACUACAAACUUAUCCUGACAUAUUGUUCUGUUUCUAUAGAAACAGACGUUUUAUUUUUAUUUUAAGAAUGUGUCUGGUUAUAUCUCCAAAGUACUUUGAAUUGGAUAACUUACUAGUGUUAUUUUUUUGUACUUGAAAAUAAAAAUAAAAAAAUCUAUAUUGAUGAGAAUCAGUAUUUUCAUAAUUAAGAUUUACAAAUUUUUCGGGUCUCAUUAUAUCGAAUGUAAAUAUGUAGUCUAGUUCAUCAUAAUGCAUUGUAAAUGAACGCUGUUGAAAUGAGAUUAUUACGAACAAUAUUUAUCUGUACAUAUCAUAUCAAAUGAUAAUUACAUGCUUUUAUUGUAAGUUAUUUUAUGAAGUUGUUAUUUUUUUCAAUGAUUGGUGCUUGACCGAUGAGGUUUGUUUUAGUAAACACCUACCCACAUUUUACCUUGUGAUCUAGUCUGUAUUGGGUAGUGUGUAUGGUGUACCAAGGCAGCAGUCAUUUACUGUGUAUGGUACAUCACUGUUAUAGUCAUUAUCAUACUAAAGUAUUCCGUAUGUGUGUUGUACAUGAUCACGGCAUACAAACCUUCCUCUCUAACUUUUUCUUUACUUCUCCUAAGUUUCAUGCUUCUAUUUAAGAGAUGUGUAUGAUGUUGGGAUAUUUUUUUUUACCCAACCUUUUUUUUUAAUAAUAAUUGACCAGAAAGGUUUUUUUUAUUAUAUAAUUAUUCCGAUAGUUAAAAAGUUAUUUAAAAAAAUAUAUGAAAUUUUCACAAUAUGCUGACUUACCAAUCAGAUGACAACAUUUAAUGUAAGAUGAAUCCAUAUGAUUGUCAUUUUGACUACUGAAUCAGUGGUACGACACAACUUUGACAUGCUAACGGCAAUAUUAACCAGUGUCUCUUCAUUAAUGUGUUUGUCAUUUGAAACUGGAAUAAACAUAACAUUCUUACUGUUUUUUGAAAACAACAUACAGGGUAUAUUUAUCUUUUAAGGAUAAAAUCAUUCAUGAAAAAACAAGGAAUAUCAUCUGUAAAUAUAAUUUAGAAUAUUUGUGAAUCGUUGAGGAAUUGCUACAGUUCCACACAUCUCAAUGUUUAUACUGUCAAGUCAUACACCAAGUCAAUCAGCUGUUGUAUAUACAUUUACGCUUAUGAUAUUCUUUAUGUGACCAACACUGCUGGGGUAAAAAUUGACAGAAUUUCUAAACACAAAUUAGCGUUAAUGGAAUUGUCAGAUUAUAUAUCUUUUAUGACAUACAAUUUGUGUUUAGAGAGUUGUAAAUUCUGCAUUGGUUUUGUUUCAAAUUCAUCUUUUAUGGACAAAUAGAAAAGCUUGCUGUUGAUAGAAAAGAUCAGUUGGGAAUAUUAACAGCUGUUUUAUCAAGUAAUAUGUAGCCUGUCUAUUUGUUCCAAAAAACUUAAACUAUUAUUUUUCUUGUAUUUGCAUUGUAUUUGCAGCAUUUAACCACCAACAUACACAUUAUAUAAGACCACCACAUCCCCAUUUCUACCGUUUUCCCAUAUCUUGACUUAAUCACCACUAUUUAUCUGCCAAGAUUUUAUUUGCAUUUUUAAAUUUCUACCUCUUGACACAUUCUACUUAAAAGGUUUUAUUCUUUAACCAAAGAGGAAUAAAGCAUCUUUCAAUUUAAUUAAAGAUGUAUAUUGAUUUUAUGUCAUUCCGAUACUGUUUGUUUUUGGUGUUAGAAGUUAAUCACUACUAGUGGAAUUUAGUCAAUGUUUUUUACUUGAGAUUUUUUCUUUCUUUCAAAACAAUUAAACUGUUUAUCCAUGAUAUUUGAUGACUGAAUUCAUUGCACUGUGUUCAGAUCUUAACUGAUUACCUUGUACUGUGUGUUCAGAUCUUAACUGAAUACCUUGCACUGUAUGCAGAUCUUGGCUAAAUACAUUGCACUGUGUGCAGAUCUUGGCUGAAUACCUUGCACUGUAUGCAGAUCUUGGCUGAAUACAUUGCACUGUAUGCAGAUCUUGGCUGAAUACCUUGCACUGUGUUCAGAUCAUGGCUGAAUACAUUGCACUGUGUUCAGAUCUUGGCUGAAUACAUUGCACUGUGUUCAGAUCUUGGCUGAAUACAUUGCACUGUGUGUUAAGAUCUAUACUAGUACCUGACAUGUCCUGUCAUCACCUGAUGUGAAUGUCCCAGUUUUGUGACUCUUCAUUGCUAACGUAUAUGACAAUGAUAAGUAAUCAAUAAACUAUAAAUGGC